UCCACGCGGCCACGUCAAGCCACCCGGCCCCUGGUUUCCCCCUUCUUCACCUAGCUUGCCGAUACACCGAUACACACAGAGAUAUAUAUUUACACAUAUAUAUACAAGUACAUCCACCGGAAUUUCAGAGGCGUACUUCUCAGCUACUGCGGAGACUCAAUCUUUCCGUUCAAACAACGGAGAACAGAGAGAGAGAAAGAGAAACUCAGAGAGGGAGUGAUAGAGAGAGAGAGAGAGAGGGAGGGAGCGGUGGUGCUUAGAGUGGCGGAUUGUGGAACCGUAGAGAGAGAAACUAUUCUCGCUGUAUGUCAGAGGAGAAUUGUUACCAUCAUUUCUACACUGAUAAUUACUACGGCGGUUACAUUGAGCUCGCGAAUCCGUUGCAAUGGCCUCAGCUCCGGAAAAAGCGACGCCUCCUCCGCGAAAUGAUUCCGCCAUUACUGUUUCCGACGACGACGUUUUGCGCCAAUGCACCGCCUUCGGUGAUCGCGAGAUCGGCCGCCGGGAGUCCCUCAGCGCCACCGCCGAUGCUCCGGCCCUGGCGAUUGUGACCGAUUCCGCUGAUCAACCUCCUGCGCCGAAUCUGACUUCAGUUAAAGGUUUACCAAUAAUGAUGAGGGUGCAAAGCCACCAUCCUUUGGAACCAUUAACUGGUGCUGAGAUCUCAGUAGCUGUAGCAACUGUCAGGGCAGCUGGGGCAACUCCUGAGGUGAGAGAUAGUAUGCGGUUUAUUGAAGUUUCCUUGGUGGAACCUGAUAAGAAUGUGGUUGCAUUAGCGGAUGCUUACUUCUUUCCUCCUUUCCAACCAUCCUUAUUACCCAGAACAAAAAAGGGACCUGUCAUUCCCAGUAAACUUCCUCCUAGACAGGCAAGACUUGUUGUUUACAACAAGAAGUCAAAUGAGACCAGCAUCUGGAUUGUUGAGCUUUCAGAGGUUCAUGCUGUAACUCGGGGUGGCCACCAUCGGGGCAAAGCCAUUUCAUCAAAGGUGGUGCCUGAUGUGCAGCCUUCAAUGGAUGCUUCUGAAUAUGCUGAAUGUGAAGCUGUCAUAAAGGAUUUUCUUCCUUUUCAGGAGGCUAUGAAAAAGAGAGGUAUUCUGGAUAUGGAUCUUGUGAUGGUAGAUGCCUGGUGUGUUGGUUAUUACAGUGAGGCUGAUGCACCAAAUCGCAGACUUGCAAAACCACUUAUUUUCUGUCGAACUGAAAGUGAUUGCCCAAUGGAAAAUGGCUAUGCCCGUCCAGUUGAAGGAAUUUAUAUACUGGUAGAUAUGCAAAAUAUGGUUGUUCUAGAGUUUGAAGAUUGUAAAUUGGUUCCCCUACCCCCUGCUGAUCCAUUGAGAAACUAUACUCCUGGUGAAACGAGAGGAGGUGUUGAUCGAAGUGAUGUGAAACCUCUGCACAUCAUUCAACCCGAAGGCCCUAGCUUCCGAGUUAAUGGACACUUUGUUCAAUGGCAGAAGUGGAACUUUCGCAUUGGUUUCACCCCCAGGGAAGGUUUGGUUAUCUACUCAGUUGCAUAUGUUGAUGGUAGCAGAGGUCGUAGGCCUGUGGCUCAUAGAUUAAGCUUUGUUGAGAUGGUAGUCCCCUAUGGUGAUCCAAAUGAUCCACACUACAGGAAAAAUGCAUUUGAUGCUGGUGAAGAUGGGCUAGGUAGAAAUGCUCACUCACUAAAGAAGGGUUGUGAUUGUUUAGGCUACAUCAAGUAUUUCGAUGCACACUUUAUAAAUUUCACAGGAGGUGUUGAAACAAUUGAAAACUGUGUUUGUUUGCAUGAGGAGGAUCAUGGAAUCUUAUGGAAACAUCAAGAUUGGAGAACAGGCUUAGCUGAAGUAAGGCGUUCACGACGACUGACAGUGUCCUUCAUGUGUACUGUGGCAAACUAUGAAUAUGGAUUUUUCUGGCAUUUUUAUCAGGAUGGAAAAAUGGAAGCAGAAGUUAAGCUUACUGGAAUUCUCAGCCUAGGAGCUUUACAACCUGGGGAACAGCGAAAAUAUGGGACAACUAUUGCACCUGGCCUAUACGCACCUGUGCAUCAACACUUCUUUGUCGCUCGGUUGGAUAUGGCUGUUGAUUGCAAGCCUGGGGAAGCCUAUAAUCAGGUUGUUGAAGUAAAUGUUAGAGUCGAAGAGCCAGGUGGACAAAAUGUUCAUAACAAUGCAUUUUUUGCUGAAGAGAGAGUACUCAAAACUGAACUGGAAGCUAUGCGUGACUGUAAUCCUUCAUCUGCUCGACAUUGGAUUAUAAGGAACACAAGAACAGUCAACCGCACUGGGCAAUUGACAGGCUACAAGCUAAUACCUGGAUCAAAUUGUUUGCCAUUAGCUGGUGGAAAUGCAAAAUUUCUAAGAAGAGCUGCUUUCUUAAAACAUAACCUUUGGGUUACACCAUAUGCUCCUGAUGAGAUGUUCCCAGGAGGAGAGUUUCCAAAUCAAAAUCCACGAGUGGGAGAGGGAUUGGCUACUUGGGUUAAAAAGAACAGAUCACUAGAAGAAACUGACAUUGUUCUUUGGUACAUGUUUGGGUUGACACAUGUUCCUCGGUUGGAAGACUGGCCAGUAAUGCCCGUGGAGCGCAUUGGUUUCAUGCUUAUGCCCCAUGGAUUCUUUAAUUGCUCACCAGCCGUAGAUGUGCCUCCCAGCUCAGCUGACUCAGAUCCCAAGGAAAAUGGAGCGACGCCAAAGCCAUGCCACCCUGGCUUGAUUGCAAAGCUCUGAGAGGACAUCAGCAUUCAUGUUGAAAUGUUGCUUUGAACAUUUGGUUGGUUGAUAGGUUGCUACUAAUAAUGAGGUUGUGGGUCUAUGUUCAGGGUCGUCCCAAGAUGGCUUGUCUGAUCUGGACCCCAAACCUCUGAUAUGAUGUUUAUACUGUGAAAACACUUUUCACUUUGGAUUGGACGUUGUGUAUGUUUUCAUUGUUCCUUGAAGUGGUGAUGCCUUUUUGUUUA